AUGUGCAGGCAUGCAUGGUUAGAAGCAGCUGUAUGCAGAAUCUGCGAUGUCAGGAACGUCGGUCUUUGGUGGUGUGACUUUCCAAAAGGCUGUUCCGUUGUCAUAUUGGGAUGUGUAUGCAUCCGGCUGGCCUAUCUUCGGUUUGAUGGCGACUGCGGCAGAAGCCGUACAGCUUCUUUGUAG